AUGAAAGCCUUAUGCUGCUUCCUCUUCAUCUCCAUAAUCUCGUUAAACAACGCGUUCGCGACUGCCAUUACACGUCGUCGCCUAGGCCCAGAACCUGUAGACAAUGUUUUUGAAAUCCGUGUUGAUGUACGUUUACAUUUUCCUAAUUUUAGGCUUAAAAAGGCAUAUUAUGCCCUCCAAGAAUGGAAAAAGGUAAUUACUUCGGACCCGAAAGGCAUGACCAAAAAUUGGGAUGGCAUAGAAGUGUGCUCAUAUAAUGGUGUGUUUUGUGCAAAAGCACCCGAUGCUCCCAAUUUAUCAACGGUUGCGGUAGUUGAUCUAAACCAUGGCGAUAUCGAGGGCAAACUCCCCCCUCAUCUUGGUCUAAUAUCCGAUCUUAGCGCAUUUCAUAUAAACUCUAAUAGAUUUUGUGGGACUAUCCCAAACACCUUCUCAAGGCUUACAAUCCUUAACGAAUUCGACAUAAGUAACAACCAAUUUGAUGGACCGUUUCCUAACGUUGUCUUGGAUAUGCCCAAACUAAAGUAUCUUGAUAUUAGGUACAAUAAAUUCCAAGGAUUGUUACCACCUCAAUUGUUUGACAAAGAUCUUGAUGCUAUUUUCUUGAACCAUAAUCGAUUUUCUUCGACUAUCCCGGAGAACAUUGGGAAUUCUAAAGCAUCUGUGAUUGUGUUCGCGGAUAAUGAGUUUAAAGGACACAUUCCUAAGAGUAUUGGCCAAAUGCCUAACUUAGACGAGAUUAUUUUCGCUAACAAUCAACUCUCGGGUUGCCUGCCGGAAGAACUAGGGUUGCUUCAUAGUACAAAGGUUUUGGAUUUGAGUAAUAAUAAUUUUGUGGGGCCAAUUCCAAGAGGGAUUGGUAAUUUGAAGUGUAUUGAGAUGGUUGACGUUGCACAAAAUGAGUUGAUUGGUACGGUAGUUGAUGUUAUUUGUACGUUGCCAAAACUCUUGAAUUUUACAUUUUCAGAUAAUUAUUUCGAUCGGUUGGAAGGGAAAUGUGAAAAGCCGAUGAGACCAGAGCUUGUUUUCGAUUACCGGAGGAAUUGUUUGCGGGGGAAACCGGAUCAAAAAGAUGAGGGUAAGUGUUUACCAGUGGUGAACCGGCAGAUUGAUUGUGAAUCUUUACGAUCAGUUUUAGACACUAACAGAAGAAAACCGCCAAAGACAAAGACAAGGCCUACAAGUGUGCAUGGGUCUAUUACGAUCAGUUUUAGACACUAA